UAUCGUGCGUGCUACCCGCUCUAAUCUUGUACAGGCUCGCUUCUUCGUCAUGCUGCGAAUUUGUUCGAAAAAUAAGUGAAAUACAGCGCAUUAAUAGUGAAAAGUAUGUGCAGCCUGUGCAGGGCCCAACUGGCGAUCAGCCGCGUGUGAUUUUGGCCGCCGCAGCAGCGUUUUGGCAGCGCCCCAGCCUGGCGAAAAACCAUCGAAAAAAAGAAGAGAAAAAGAACGCCAGGCGCAGACAGACAAGACUUGCAUACACUACUACUUGAAUCGUUUCAUUUCGUUCCGUUCGUAUACCGAGUUUGCUGCCCUGUCCCUGUCUUCUCACGCGAGUUCGUUUUUAGUAUAUAUAGCCAGUCUGUGGACGGUUGUCAAUGCGUGAAUAUUCUUCUAUGUCUAACAUAACCUCAAACUCGCCGCUGCAGUCGUCGUCAUCAUCAGCGUCAGCGUUGUUGUUGUUGUUGGUGGUUACCGGUGCUCCAUCAGUAGCCGCCACACAUCUGGGAAAAUCCGAUCCGGAAAAUCUAGGAGAUCGGGAGCAGCGUAGCCAGAAGCCGAUGAGCAGCCAUGAAUGAAAAAAUAAAGUCGCCGCAAACACAGCAGCAGCAGCAAGGUGGCGCUCCUGCCCCUGCUGCCACGCCCCCAUCAACAGCUCCUGGUGGCGCUACACCGCCCACCUCGGGCCCGCCUACGCCCAACAACAACAGCAACAACGGCAGUGAUCCCAGCAUCCAACAGCAACAACAAAAUGUUGCCCCACAUCCAUAUGGCGCACCACCGCCCCCAGGAUCUGGUCCCGGAGGACCACCAGGACCGGAUCCAGCUGCAGUCAUGCACUAUCAUCAUUUGCACCAGCAGCAACAGCAGCAUCCGCCACCACCCCAUAUGCAGCAACAGCAGCAGCACCACGGCGGACCUGCACCACCACCGCCCGGAGGAGCACCUGAGCAUGCGCCCGGUGUCAAGGAGGAGUACGCUCACUUGCCGCCGCCCCAUCCUCAUCCGGCGUACGGUCGCUACCACGCCGAUCCCAACAUGGAUCCCUAUCGCUAUGGCCAGCCGCUGCCAGGCGGAAAGCCUCUACAGCAACAGCAGCAACAGCCGCAUCCUCAACAGCAACCGCCGCAGCAACCGGGGCCGGGUGGCUCACCCAAUCGUCCGCCGCAGCAGCGCUACAUACCCGGCCAGCCGCCACAGGGACCCACGCCAACGUUGAACUCUCUGCUCCAGUCCUCGAAUCCGCCGCCCCCGCCGCAGCACCGCUACGCCAACACGUACGAUCCCCAGCAGGCGGCCGCUUCGGCGGCAGCUGCUGCGGCGGCCCAGCAACAGCAGGCCGGUGGACCCCCACCACCAGGACACGGACCGCCGCCACCACAGCACCAGCCAUCGCCGUACGGAGGGCAACAGGGCGGCUGGGCACCGCCACCAAGGCCCUACAGUCCGCAACUAGGACCGUCGCAGCAGUAUAGGACACCACCACCGACAAACACUUCCAGGGGUCAAUCACCCUAUCCGCCAGCUCACGGUCAAAAUUCAGGUUCCUAUCCUAGUUCGCCGCAGCAGCAACAACAGCAGCAGCAGCAACAGCAGGCGGGUCAGCAGCCCGGUGGUCCUGUGCCGGGCGGACCACCUCCAGGUGCCGGACAGCAGCCGUCGCAGCAGAACACACCGCCAACAUCUCAAUAUUCGCCGUACCCGCAACGCUAUCCAACUCCGCCGGGUCUGCCGGCGGGCGGAUCUAACCAUCGAACUGCCUACUCGACGCACCAGUAUCCCGAACCGAAUCGACCUUGGCCAGGUGGGUCGUCGCCCAGCCCCGGUUCCGGACAUCCCUUGCCGCCCGCCUCACCGCACCACGUGCCGCCACUGCAGCAGCAGCCACCACCACCGCCACACGUCAGCGCCGGCGGACCUCCUCCCAGUAGCAGUCCGGGCCAUGCGCCCAGUCCAUCGCCACAACCAUCGCAGGCGUCGCCCUCGCCGCACCAGGAGCUAAUUGGACAGAACAGCAACGACAGCUCUAGCGGCGGGGCACACAGUGGCAUGGGCUCCGGUCCGCCAGGCACCCCCAAUCCCCAACAGGUGAUGCGACCCACACCCUCGCCCACAGGCUCCUCCGGUUCGCGUUCCAUGUCCCCGGCUGUCGCUCAAAACCAUCCAAUCUCGCGUCCGGCAAGCAACCAAUCAAGCAGCGGUGGCCCCAUGCAACAGCCUCCGGUUGGUGCUGGAGGUCCGCCGCCGAUGCCACCGCUUCCGGGAAUGCCAGGAGGUCCGCCCCAACAGCAGCAAUCUCAGCAGCAACAAGCAUCGAAUUCGGCCUCGUCGGCGAGCAAUUCGCCGCAGCAGACGCCACCACCGGCUCCGCCGCCCAACCAGGGCAUGAACAACAUGGCUACGCCUCCACCACCCCCGCAGGGAGCGGCUGGAGGAGGUUACCCGAUGCCACCGCACAUGCACGGCGGCUACAAGAUGGGCGGACCGGGCCAGAGUCCCGGGGGUCAGGGAUAUCCACCGCAGCAGCCACAGCAAUAUCCACCAGGGAAUUAUGCGCCACGCCCGCAGUAUCCGCCUGGCGCCUACGCCACCGGACCACCUCCGCCACCUACAAGCCAAGCAGGAGUUGGUGGUGCCAACAGCAUACCCUCUGGUGCCCAAGCUGGUGGAUAUCCGGGCCGAGGAAUGCCCAACCACACCGGCCAAUAUCCACCGUACCAGUGGGUACCGCCCUCGCCGCAGCAAACCGGGCCCGGUGGAGCUCCCGGUGGUGCCAUGGUAGGCAAUCACGUGCAGGGGAAGGGCACACCGCCCCCUCCAGUUGUGGGCGGGCCACCACCACCGCAGGGCAGUGGAUCGCCUCGUCCACUUAACUAUCUAAAGCAGCAUUUACAGCACAAGGGCGGCUAUGGUGGAAGUCCUACUCCGCCUCAGGGGCCUCAAGGCUACGGCAACGGGCCGACCGGUAUGCAUCCUGGUAUGCCAAUGGGGCCACCCCACCAUAUGGGACCCCCGCACGGACCCACCAACAUGGGUCCACCCACUAGCACGCCGCCACAAUCGCAAAUGCUCCAGGGCGGCCAGCCCCAGGGUCAGGGACAGGGCGCCAGUGGCGGACCGGAAAGCGGUGGACCGGAGCAUAUAUCGCAGGACAACGGAAUAAGCUCCUCGGGUCCUACCAGUGCUGGGGUAAUGCAUGCGGUCACAGCGGUGGUCACCACCGGACCGGAUGGAACGCCAAUGGACGAAGUCAGUCAGCAGAGCACGCUUUCGAAUGCAUCAGCAGCAUCCGGCGAAGAUCCACAAUGCACCACACCAAAGUCGCGGAAAAAUGAUCCCUAUAGCCAAAGUCACUUAGCCCCGCCGAGCACGUCGCCCCAUCCAGUCGUGAUGCACCCAGGUGGUGGCCCCGGUGAAGAGUACGACAUGAGUUCGCCACCCAACUGGCCACGCCCGGCUGGUAGCCCUCAGGUGUUCAACCACGUUCCGGUGCCGCAGGAGCCGUUCCGCAGCACUAUUACCACGACCAAGAAGUCAGACUCGUUAUGCAAACUGUACGAAAUGGACGACAACCCGGACCGGAGGGGUUGGCUGGACAAGCUGCGGGCUUUCAUGGAAGAGCGGCGCACUCCGAUCACCGCCUGCCCCACCAUCUCAAAACAGCCACUCGAUUUAUAUAGGUUAUAUAUUUAUGUAAAAGAACGUGGCGGAUUCGUCGAGGUAUGCAAGGUGACCAAGAGCAAGACCUGGAAGGAUAUUGCCGGACUCCUGGGCAUCGGGGCGAGUAGCAGUGCGGCAUACACACUGCGAAAGCACUACACGAAGAACCUAUUGACCUUUGAGUGCCACUUUGAUCGCGGUGACAUCGAUCCUCUGCCGAUCAUUCAGCAGGUGGAGGCGGGAAGCAAGAAGAAGACGGCCAAGGCUGCUUCGGUUCCUUCGCCAGGUGGUGGACAUUUGGAUGCUGGAACUACGAAUUCCACAGGCUCGUCGAACUCACAGGACUCGUUCCCGGCUCCGCCAGGUUCCGCUCCAAACGCAGCUAUCGACGGCUAUCCCGGCUACCCGGGCGGAAGUCCAUAUCCGGGAGCAAGUGGACCGCAGCCGGAUUAUGCGGCAGCGGGUCAGAUGCAGCGCCCGCCCUCCCAAAACAACCCGCAGACUCCUCACCCCGGCGCCGCCGCCGCUGUUGCCGCCGGCGAUAAUAUAAGCGUAAGCAAUCCCUUCGAGGAUCCCAUUGCUGCCGGUGGCCCGGGUUCGGGAACCGGUCCUGGCCCGGGUCAAGGUCCAGGUGCUGCAUCUGGUGGUGCUGGAGCUGUUGGUGCUGUAGGCGGUGGCCCACAACCACAUCCACCGCCCCCACACUCACCGCACAACGCAGCCCAACAGGCGGCCGGCCAACACCAACAGCAGCAUCCACAGCACCAGCAUCCUGGCCUGCCGGUGCCACCACCGCCACAGCAGCAGGGGCAGCAGCCACCACCAUCAGUGGGCGGUGGGCCACCACCAGCACCACAGCAACAUGGGCCUGGUCAGGUGCCGCCGUCGCCUCAGCAGCAUGUGCGCCCAGCCGCCGGAGCACCUUAUCCGCCGGGUGGCUCCGGCUACCCAACGCCUGUGUCUAGAACGCCAGGCUCACCCUAUCCAUCGCAGCCUGGGGCUUACGGCCAGUACGGCUCGAGCGAUCAGUACAACGCAACUGGGCCACCCAGCCAGCCAUUCGGACAGGGUCCAGGACAAUAUCCGCCGCAGAACCGAAACAUGUACCCUCCCUACGGGCCGGAGGGGGAAGCUCCUCCCACUGGUGCCAAUCAGUACGGCCCCUACGGCAGCAGACCCUACAGCCAGCCUCCACCGGGAGGACCUCAGCCGCCAGCGCAGACGGUUUCGGGUGGACCGCCGGCCGGCGGAGCUCCAGGAGCACCCCCGAGCAGCGCCUAUCCCACGGGCAGGCCCUCCCAACAGGAUUACUAUCAACCACCACCAGAUCAAAGUCCACAACCACGAAGGCAUCCCGAUUUCAUCAAAGACUCACAGCCCUAUCCAGGCUACAAUGCUAGGCCUCAAAUUUAUGCAGGUGCUUGGCAAGGUGGUACCCAGCAGUACCGGCCACAAUACCCAUCAUCGCCUGCUCCGCAAAGCUGGGGAGGUGCACCGCCACGCGGUGCAGCUCCUCCGCCAGGCGCACCACAUGGACCGCCCAUCCAGCAGCCUGCAGGAGUGGCUCAAUGGGAUCAGCACCGCUAUCCGCCUCAGCAGGGUCCACCGCCGCCACCUCAGCAGCAACAGCAACCUCAACAGCAACAGCAGCAACCGCCGUAUCAGCAGGUGGCUGGACCUCCUGGGCAGCAGCCGCCUCAGGCGCCGCCGCAGUGGGCACAGAUGAACCCUGGACAAACUGCGCAAUCAGGAAUAGCACCACCUGGCUCACCACUUCGCCCGCCCUCGGGACCAGGCCAGCAGAAUAGGAUGCCUGGCAUGCCGGCACAGCAGCAGCAAUCGCAACAACAAGGAGGAGUUCAGCAACCACCGCCGCAACAGGCAUCGCACGGCGGCGUUCCAUCGCCAGGACUGCCACAAGUAGGACCCGGCGGAAUGGUUAAGGCACCUUACGCCAUGCCACCGCCACCAUCUCAGGGUGUGAGUCAGCAAGUGGGCCAGGGGCCCCCGGGCGGCAUGAUGUCACAAAAGCCACCGCCGAUGCCGGGUCAAGCAAUGCAGCAACAGCCCUUGCAGCAGCAGCCUCCCCAGCAUCAACACCCACAUCCCCAUCAGCAUCCACAGCACCAGCAUCCGCACCAGAUGCCGCCUAACCAGACUGCCCCCGGUGGAUAUGGUCCCCCAGGAAUGCCCGGAGGUGGAGCGCAACUGGUAAAGAAGGAGCUUAUCUUUCCACAUGACAGCGUGGAAUCCACCACGCCUGUGUUGUACCGAAGAAAGCGGCUUACGAAAGCGGACGUAUGCCCGGUGGAUCCAUGGCGUAUAUUCAUGGCCAUGCGAUCUGGUCUGCUGACCGAGUGCACCUGGGCACUUGAUGUGCUUAAUGUGCUAUUGUUCGAUGACUCUACGGUCCAGUUCUUUGGCAUUUCAAACCUGCCCGGCUUGUUGACUCUGCUGCUGGAACACUUUCAAAAGAAUCUCGCCGAGAUGUUUGACGAACGGGAAAACGAGGAGCAGUCCGCUCUGCUGGCGGAAGAUGCGGAUGACGACGCGGAUAGCGGCACUGUGAUGUGCGAAAAGCUGCAGACCAACGGACGGCAACCUCGAUGUGUGCGCAGCAUCAGCAGUUACAACCGCAGGCGGCAUUAUGAGAAUAUGGAUCGCAGUGGCAAGGACGGAGUCGGCAACGGCAGCGACUCUGAAGAUGCCGACGAGGGAAUUGAUUUGGGUCAGGUGCGAGUGCAGCCCAAUCCUGAGGAGCGCUCACUGCUGCUCUCCUUUACGCCAAACUAUACGAUGGUCACGCGGAAGGGUGUGCCAGUGCGCAUCCAGCCCGCCGAGAACGACAUAUUUGUGGACGAGGGCCAGAAGGCGUGGGACAUAGACACCAACCGCCUGUAUGAACAGCUAGAACCCGUAGGCAGCGAUGCCUGGACGUACGGAUUCACAGAGCCAGAUCCUUUAGACGGCAUUAUCGACGUCUUUAAGUCGGAGAUAGUUAACAUUCCAUUUGCACGAUACAUCCGAUCUGACAAGAAGGGAAAAAAGCGAACGGAGUUGGCUUCCUCGUCCAGAAAGCCAGAAAUAAAGCAAGAGGUGACUAGUACCGAGGAGCAGACUUUUAACAAGAAACGGCGAUUGGUCAGCGGAGGAAGCAGCAGCAGCGGACCCUACGCUGAAGGCAAGAAGUCCAAGCUAACUAGUGAGGAAUUUGCGCAACCAAAUGCCGAAGUCAAGAAGGAGCCAGGUACGGCGGACAGCGACUGUCGCCCUAUUGAUAUGGAUAUCGAAGCACCCCAGCAACGUCUGACCAAUGGUGUAGCUCCAUGCUCCUCAUCUCCCGCCAGCUUCGAUCCCAGGACGACUGCCAAAGAUGUAGCGCAGGUGCUUCAGCGAAGGCGAGACUCCAGCUUUGAGGAUGAGUGCUACACACGAGAUGAGGCGUCGCUGCACCUGGUCAAUGAGAGCCAAGACUCGUUAGCACGACGCUGCAUUGCUCUUUCCAACAUCUUCCGCAAUCUGACAUUUGUGCCCGGCAACGAGACGGUGCUGGCCAAGUCUACCAGAUUUCUGGCGGUACUGGGCCGACUGCUGCUCCUUAACCACGAGCACUUGCGGCGUACACCGAAAACGCGAAACUACGAUCGCGAGGAGGACACGGACUUCAGUGACUCGUGCAGUUCGCUGCAGGGCGAACGUGAAUGGUGGUGGGACUACCUGAUUACCAUUCGGGAGAAUAUGCUGGUUGCCAUGGCUAACAUUGCUGGACACUUGGAGCUGUCGCGCUACGAUGAGCUGAUCGCCCGCCCCUUGAUCGACGGCCUACUGCACUGGGCCGUAUGUCCGAGUGCUCAUGGACAGGAUCCGUUCCCGUCGUGCGGACCCAACACUGCGCUCUCCCCACAACGACUGGCACUUGAGGCGCUUUGCAAGCUGUGCGUGACGGAUGCCAAUGUGGACCUCGUCAUUGCCACUCCACCAUUCUCGCGACUGGAAAAGCUGUGCGCCGUGCUCACCCGGCAUCUGUGCCGCAACGAGGAUCAGGUGCUGCGAGAGUUCUCUGUGAAUCUGCUGCACUACCUUGCCGCUGCUGACAGUGCCAUGGCUCGCACCGUGGCGCUUCAGUCUCCGUGUAUAUCAUACCUGGUGGCCUUUAUCGAACAGGCCGAACAGACGGCGCUGGGCGUGGCGAACCAGCACGGAAUCAACUACCUGCGCGAGAAUCCCGACUCAAUGGGCACCAGCCUGGAUAUGCUGCGGAGAGCAGCCGGCACCCUCCUCCAUCUGGCCAAGCAUCCGGACAACCGGUCACUCUUUAUGCAACAAGAACAGCGGCUGCUUGGUCUGGUCAUGUCGCACAUCCUUGAUCAACAGGUGGCUCUGAUUAUCUCGCGAGUGCUUUACCAAGUGUCGCGAGGAACAGGACCAAUACACUCCGUGGAGUUCCGUCUGCUGCAGCAACGGCAGCAACAACAGCUGCGUCCUGCUUCUGCAGAGAAGCAAGCUGCGAGUGCGCCAGUGAAGGCGGAGGCUGCAUCAACGGAAACGAGUUCCACUGAGGCGAAGCCUGCACCAGCAGCCACUACAGCAGUGGUAAACGAUGAGAACAGCAACAGCAGCCAGCAGUUGCCGCCGGCAGCGACGUUCAACGAUGUUAGCAACAGCAGCACCAACAGCAACAGCUGCGGCACGGUCAGCAGCAACCAGACGAACAACAGCACCACCAACAGCAGCCACAGUAGCAGUGCAAUUAGCAGCCAAUCGGCAAUCACUGUAGCAGCCCAAUCAGCACCAGCAACAGGAGCAACAUCAGCAGCAAUAACCAGCGAUCAGCAGCAGGUGAGCAAGGUGGCUGCAGCUGCAGCCGCUGCUGCGGCUUUGAGCAAUGCUAGUGCAGCGGCAGCAGCAGCAGCGGCGGCGGCAGCUGCUUCUGUUGGUCCGCCCACAUCGUCAAGCGUGUCCGCCGGUGCAGCGGUCGCUCAACCAGCGGCACCUCCACCAACCAAUGCAGGCACAACGACAGCCGUUGCGUAGUAUACGACAAUGAUGCCAGCGUCCUACUACUGGCCACGAACCCCCCGAGGGGCAGUCGACUAGGCUAUAGCUCGAUGGAAGAACAGCGGGCCCAGGAGCAACUCCGAAGUGCAUGAGCAGAAGGGCAUGUAAAUUUACUUAAGUAUGGCGCCAAGGAGAGAUUCACGAUGUGCGAGAAAACUUGUCCUAACUCCAAGGAUACGUAAACGGGAACUCAGCAGGUGCAGCGUCGGCAAUGUAUCUGCGAUGGAAUGGCUCGCCUAUCCAUCACUGUAACAGUCAAUACAAUAACAACUGUAUAUUUUUUCACUCAAAUCUAAAAAUAGUAAAUAUGAUAACUAAACCCUAAGCAUUAAGAAAUUGCAGCAGCAAAGUUAUAAUAAUACAAAAAGGAAACUGUCGGGGCGAAAGAUGGUGCAGAACUACUGAUACUAACCGAUCGAGAUAUAGGAUCUGGGAUUAUUAUUGAGUCUAACGUGAAGAUAACAAACGGAAGAUAACAAAGAGCGAAAUUCAAGCACACAGCAUACUUAUUGUACUAAAUUUAAUAAAAAUGAAGGGACGAGAGCGGAGGAAUAACUAACACAUACAUAUGCAUACGCACGCUAUGAUUUAUCGUAUAUUAAAUAUAUAUAUAAAUAAAUGCAUAAAUUAACACUAAAUUACAUGAGAAUGAAUUGUGUAUGUAAAAGGGAUGAAUGCAUACAUACGUACAUCUAGACAUUGAUAUAUAAAUACAUAGAUGAUAGUUUUUAAAUUCUACCAUUUACUAAUACCUACAUAUUACCACAAUGUGCAGCAUAGGAACUUAUAAACUGAACAAAACUGAACAGCAAAAAACACGCGAAAAUAUUUAAAAGCAUCCAACACACACUGUGUGCAAGCCCCACAUAAGGCAGUUUAUUGGAUUCAAUGUGGACUAGGGUGAUGCAAAAGGACUAAUCCUUAGAGAUGACUAAAAACCAUUGUACAUACUUAACUAUUAUGUAAAUUUCACUGUAUUUUUGUUUUUCGCAAUGUUACAAGGCACAUGUAAGUGGCAGCACUGCAUUUCGUAUUAUUUCGUAUUAUGAAUGGUCUGCGAAAAUUCCAACUUCUUAGUUUUAAUCGCAUAACUCGGAGGCGAAACGAAACGAAAUUAAGCGAAAGAAACAAACAAACAUGCAAAAACCGACAGAUGAAGGCAAGCAAACAAUUUAAAAGAAAAUCAAAUUAGGUGAUAUAAUAUAUAAAAAUACAUAACAUAUACAUACAUACAUACUUAAUAUAAACAAAACAUGAAAAAUCGAAAAAAUUAAACCCUAAUGCUGUAAUUUUAUGUUAACUGUAUUAUUUGCUGGAAGUGCUGCUGCUUUUAUAUCGAACUUACUUAAGGCGUAAAUGACAAGAUUAAUAAUUAGGUUUUUAUCUUAAUCUUAAAUUAAAGUAUAAAAUAAAUAAAACCAAGAAAACAACACAAAACAAGACGCAAAAAUAAAAUGCUAUAAAACACAAAGCGAAGCAAAUCGAACUAAAGCUGUAGAGAAGCACGCAAAAACGACUAAUAACACACAUCCACACCCACGCCCAUACCCAAAUGCUUGGCGUUAGGAAACCAAUAAACGAUUAAUGCAAAUCUGUAUAUGGGUGGGUGCACCAAUUUGUAUACUAAACUUUCUCACACAUAUUUAACGUGCUGCAUAAGAGAGAACGUACAUGAACUGUCUCCGGAUUCUAGCUUCUUGCUCCAGAGAUCCUUCCGGUUUCCGGUGGCGACCCUCUAGAUCCAGAGGAACUGCAAGACACUGGGAGAAAAUAGAAAAGUGCUGCUGUUGAUACGUGUAUUCGUGUAGUUGUUUGCAAACAAAUAUUAUAACUCGGCAUCUCGAUAUUUAACGUGUAGUUAUUAGUCUAUAAUUUGCUAGGAUGUAAAUGUAUGUCCCUCAAACUUAAUUUAAUUAUUUAAUUAAUAUACAUACAUAUAUGAUAUACAACACA